AUGGAAACUGUAGGACAACGACGAGGAACCAAUCGAAUCACACAUGAUGGUUUUACAUAUCAUCUGGAUUGUAGGUAUCGUGCCAAAGUUAGAAAACGUUACCUUUGUUCAUCACGAAUCACAGUAAAUCGUUGCCGGGUAAAAAUGUGGAAAGAUGCGGAUGGCAGAAUUGAAAUAGAUGGUAUUCAUAAUCAUCUCGUACCAGACAUUGUGAACCGUGAGCCAGUAAUUAGAGAAUUACAGAAUCAGGCGUUACUUACUGACUUACUACCCAAUGAAGUAAUGAAUACAGUUGCAAGGAACUUGCCGAAUGCUGAUAAUAUUCGAUCCCACGCUUCAAGACAAGUCAUUCAUCGGCAACGACGUCGUUACCGUCCUCCAAUUCCACAAAAUUUUGAAGAUCUAGGUGAAACAUUAACAGCUUACCGUAUGGUAUCCAAUAUUUAUCAGCAAGAAGUUAUUGCUGAAGAUGGAUCAAUUGCUCAAAUUUUUGGUAGCAAUAACAUGUUACAAAGACUCGGAGAAAGCGAUGAGUGGCACCUUGAUGCUACUUUUCAGUGCGUACCACUACGUCCUCGUGCUUUGCAACUUCUCAUCAUUCAUAUACGUCGAUUCGAUGUGGGAAUUCCUGCCUUAUACAUUUUAUGCAGUCAUCGUACAACAGAAAUGUAUAACGCAAUAUUUCGGUGGAUUCUACUUCAAGUUCCUGAAGUCCAAGAAAACCUUCAAACAAUUAUAACAGACUUCGAAGCGGCUAUUUUAAAAUCCGUACAAACUUGCAUGCCGUGGGUUCAUCGGAGAGGUUGUUGGUUUCAUUUUGCGCGGGCCGUUACACGUAAAUGGAACUCUCUAGGACUUCCCGGUCGGGAGGCACCUGAACAUCGGAUUUUGAAUUUAACUUGGGCGUUACCACUAGUCCCAGCAGCUAGAUUUGAGGAAGCUUUGGAAGAGGUCGUAGCAUUAAUUCGACCUUUAGAAGAUGGAAAUGAUAAUUUUUAUUUAUUUCGUCGAUAUCUUCAAAGAUUUUGGUUGCCACUGGCAAAUAUUAUUUCAGUUUAUAAUACACCGUGGCGAACUAAUAAUAUUGCUGAAGUUUGCAAUAUGCAUUUAGUAUCUAAAGUUGGGCCUCAUCCACCGUUAUUUAAAUUUUUACAUCGCCUGAUUGAAAUAAUCAAAGAUGAUGAAAAAAAAUUAACUCGAUUACUGGAUGGAAUGGAUUUCGGAAGAAAUAGGCGACAUCGACAAUAUCAAAUGGAUAUUUAUAUUCGCAAUAUCCAAGAAGCAUUAGAAACCAGGAGAUACACAAUGCUCGAAUUUCUUGAAAUGGCUGCAGUUCGACGUCUGGAAGUCCGCCAUCGCUUAGACGUUGCCGUAAUGAGACAGCAAUACCUCGAUGAUGCUUUAACACAAGAAGAAGAAGUUUUAUUGGAACACAUCCGUAAUGCUGUUGAAUUACCAGCUAUACACCAUGCACCAUUAAAUGCAGCUAAUCCAAUUGAUGAAAUCGAUUAUUAUGCUGGUGAAAUCAUUGAAGAAGAUGAGCCGGAGGUUGUUCCAUGGAUUCAUGAUGCGUCAGCAGGAAUGGUAUUUGCUGAUCAGCUGGCAGUAGAAGGCAUUAAUAAAUGCUAUGUAUGCUUGACAAAUCAAGCAAGAGCAGUUUUUUGUCCGUGUGGGCAUUUAUGUUUAUGUUUAGAAUGCAAAUUCAAGGCUGAAAUAUCUGCCAACAGAGAAGAUAAUGCAGCACGAUUAAUUUGUUUCAUAUGUCAAGUACCGAGCAAUUUUUUAAUGAUCAUUCGAUAA